AUGGAGUCAAGCCGAUCCGGGGACCGUGACAGUCCCCGUGAAUAUUUAUCUCUCUUUGACAUGUUCGAACAAUCUUGUCCUACAGACCAUGAUCAGAUAAGCUCCCUUGAAAGAGGAAACCAAAAUCAUCAGAAAGCGAAAUUGGAUGUUCACAUAAUUCCUGAAAGCGAUGAAAAUUGUGAUACUUACAGAGUUCAAAUUUACCCUUCCAUCUCCCACCAGGAUCCUGCCCCUACCCUACCAUAUUCCGAUCCAGCUUCGAUUUCCACAACGGAUGAAUCGGAUCUAAUCAUGAAGAGACACAAAUCUCUAACCGCUUUCGCUCCCUAUCUAUCUAAGUCGUUACGACUCAUUCCAUCCGAACGAAUCCAUUGUGGCAGUCUAAGUUGUUUCGAUCACGUAACCAGGUGUAAAGCAGAAUUACGAUGGUAUCUUCCUGACUCAAGAAACGACAGUGGGUGUUGGAAAGGUAUGAUCAAAGAUGAUUGCAAAGCUAUAACACACUUUGAUUGUAGAUGGUCAAAAGACAAUGAAGCGGAUGGGGAUGGGGAUGGGGACCUACCAUAUGAUUCAGGUAAUUUAUGGAAUUAUGAUGAUCCACAAGAUAUAAUUAGGAUCUCAAAUCUCCUACAACGUCAAAAGGUCCAAUCGGAAUUAUCCAAAUCUUUCACGAGUAUUCCUAUUUCUCAUGUAAGUGGUGGUGGCACCGGUAACAUAUGCUGUAAACAGGAGGUAAUGGAUUUGCCGAAAUUCGAAGGAAUAGAUUGGGAUAGGAAAAAACCAAGAGAAAUGACUAUCAAGACUGUACAGACUUUCUCAGGAUCAGAAAUGAAUGUACCUCGAUGGAUCAAAACCAUCAAGGAAUGUUCGAUGGACGAUGAUGAUAUCGAUAGAUACGUAGAAAACCUGACGAAUCGACAGUUUAUUGCUAAUGUGAACAAAGGUGAUGAAGAGUUGACGGAAGUACUUCAAUGGUCUAAUAGGCUGAUCAACUCAUUACCUUUUCGUCAACAUGAUGAAAAAGAAGGAGAAGAGAAAUAUGAGCGUGUGCAUCGCUUAUCCGAGUUCGAACUGAUGUGUAAGACUAGGCCAACGCCGGGAAAUCGUAGUUAUGAAAACGGCUACUAUUCAUUCGAGGUUCGGAUCAACCAGGAUCAAUUGAGGUGA